UAGAAUUUUCCGACAGAAGAUUGUUUCUGAGCAGAGACGAAUAUCGCGGCCCAUUUUAGACGUACGCGGCACGCCGAUAGACACAGGCACGAAGCUCAAAGCAAACAAGCCUUUCUCUUUUUUUGAAAUUCAUCAUGACGUGGGAUGAGUGGGACAACAAUAUCCCAGAAGGUGACCAACCUGACCAAGAUUCCUAUCUCAACUUCGAUUUCUUCCCUGCUCUGCCCAAGCCCAAGGAUUAUUAUAAGAUUCUGGAAGUAGAUUAUGAUGCUACAGACGACGCUAUUCGCUCCAAUUACAUUCGUCUGGCUCUGAAAUGGCAUCCGGACAAGAAGAAAGGCCAAGAUGCCGCAACUUCCCGAUUCCAAGAGAUAAACGAGGCUUAUCAGGUCUUAAGCGAUCCCGCCAAAAGGAGAGAGUAUGACAAAAAUGGGAUGCUUUAUGUCUAUGAUUGCAAUCUCAUGGAUUAUCUUAAUCGUUACAAGAGCCUUAUAUUGACGUGUAAUGGCCUUGGGAUGAAGCAAUUCAUAUGGUAAGGCAAAUCAAUAGCAUGGAAAUCCUACCAUCGCAGCUGGGACAAAUUUUUUGUGGGUGUCUGUUUCUGCAAGCCAUGCUCAGGGAUGAAUGAGACAUGCUUAUGAUGUAGGAUGGCUUAUUUCAUGCUUCUGUAUAAAAGUAUAUAGGAAUUGGUUGCCACAUUUAAGGGUCACUCUCCCUGCCGUCAAAUGGAUGUGUUUCUUUCUUGUGAUUUGUUUGUGAAUGGAUGUCUGGAUUCACGCAGCUUUUCUACCAUUAAGCCAGAUAAACCCUAACAAUCAUGCAGCGGCAUCUGCCGUCUGAGAAGAAUCGGUAGUUGCCUAGAAA